GCUUCGGUUUCCGGGUAAAAAAGUCAGGCUCCCGGUUUGAAAGUGAAAAUUAUUUCCGUUAGGUUAAUAAAAAGUGAACUAACGGAGGGAGGGCAUCAGUGACGGAUAAUAACUGAACUCCUCAUCUUCAGUCCAGAUAUGAUGCUUCAGGUUUCCUCCCCCGGUUUAAGCAGUGGCUGAUCAGCAGCUGUGACCCACGGCUCACGUUUUCACUGAGAGCAACUCAUUGAGCAUGGAGUCGGACCUGCUGAUUGGCUGGCCGCAGCAGAAGGCGGAGCUGGAGCAGGAGGUGUGCCGUCUGCAGGAGGAGCUGGCGGAGAGCCGAGCAGAGAAGGAGGAGCUGGAGUCCAGGAGCAGAGCUCUGAGGGAGCGGCUUUGCCAGACUCUCAAUCCUUCUCUGAACCUUUCCCUGCACGAGGAGGAGCAGAGGAGGUGGAAAACCAAGCUGAGGGAGUGGAGGGAGAGGGAGGCCAGGCAGGCGCUGCUGAUCCACCGUCUGCAGAACAAGGUGUUGGAGUACAGAGAUCGCUGUCAGCAUCUGGAUCUGCAGCUGCAGGAGGAAAAGUCCAGGCUGCUGAGCUCUGAGCAGAGAAUCAGAGAUGAACACAGCGACUCCCUGGAGAGCGCCCUCAUCAGGCUGGAGGAGGAACAGCAGAGGUCUUCCAGCCUCGCCGACACCAACGCUCUCCUCCGUCACCAGCUCAGCCAAUCAGAGGAGACGAACCAGGCGCUGAGAGAGGACCUCCAGAAGCUGACUGCUGAUUGGUCCAGAGCCGUGGAGGAGUCGGAGCGCAAAGCGGCUGAUUGGCAGAGAGAGAAGGAGGGUCAUGUGGGUCAGAACCAGGACCGCCUCCUGUCAGUCUGGAGGUCUGUGCUGGAUCUGAGGCGACACUGUCACACAGUGAGAACAGCCGCUGACAGGGAUCUCUGGCAGCUCAGAGCAGAGUUCUCCAAGUUCUCAUCAUCUCUCCUCCUCAGCUGUGACUCCGUCUGCUCCUCACUGAGGCUCAAACCCUCUGACCUUCCUCCUCCCUCCUCCUCCUCUCCUCCUCUAUCCUCUACUCUUGUUCUCCCUUCUUCCAACUGCUCAGCUUCUCCCCCUCAGCUCUCUCCCUCCACACUUGGAACCUUCACCUUAGGAGAGCUGAAAGAGGAGGAGGUGAAAGGGGAAGAGCAGACAGUGGAGUUAAAGCUGCUCCAGGAGGCGGAGGUGUUGCAGCUGGAACAAAGGGUUGAGGAGCUGAGUCGCUCCCUGCAGGCUGCAGACAGAGAGAAGGAGGAGGCCAAGAAGGAGGUGGAGAGGCUGAGGGAGUCAGAGAGGAGGCUGCAGUCAGUGGGUCAGGCUGUGGUCAGGAUGUCCAGGGCCCUGAGCAGGACCAGCAGUCAGACCCUGAGCGUCUCCAUGGAUGCCGUCCUCAGCCUGGACCUGUCCUCCCUGCUGUCAGUCCUGUCUCAGACCGAGAGCGCCCUCCAGUGGAAGCAUGAGGAGCUGCAGGGGGCGGAGCUAAAGCUGCGUCGGCUCGGCAAGGAGCAAACCGCCCUGCAGCUCCGACUGAACCAGCAGCUUGAGGAGAACCAGCAGCUGGAGGAGAAGAACCUGAGGACCCAGCAGGAGCUGAAGAAGACGCUGGACGCUCUGAGCAGGGAGAAGGAGGCGUCCAGCUCCCUGCGUCUGCAGCUGGAGGAGGUGCAGAGGAGAGAGGAGGAGGAGAAGAAGGAGAAGGACAGACUGAGGAGAGACAGAGAACGACUGGAGGAGAAAACUCGACAGCUGGAGGCUGAAACACACAGACGGGUGGAGGAGGAGCUCCUGGAGAAAGUCCAGCUGUCAGAGAGAGAAAGCAAACAGUUGAUGGAGAUCCACAGCCUGAAGGGGGCGCUGGAGAGGGAGCAGCUUGACAGGCAGAGAGCAGGAGAAGAAGGUGCUGAUGUCAGAGAGGCUCUGCAGAAGUGCAGGGACAGCCUGCUGCAUCUCUCCUCCUCAGAGACGAUGUUGAGAUGGGAGGCAGAGGAGGCGCGGGAUGCCCUGGAGAAAAUGUCGGCUCUGAACGCCGCUCUGGCUUCAGACAAACGAGAUCUGAACAAACAGCUGCUGCAGCUGGAGGCGGAGCUAUCCAACAGCCAAUCACAAAUGCAGACAGUGAGGUCAGAAGUGAGCGUCCUGCAGAGGGAGCUUCAGGGUGUGAGGAGUGAGCUGAACCUGCUGAGAACUCAGUCACAGACAGACGCAGACACCAUCCAUCAGCUGAAGGAGCAGCAGGCAGAGCUGGAGAGAACCCUGGUGGAGAAGGAGGCCCAGGUGGAGUCCCUGGAGGAGGAGAGGCAGACGGCAGCCCAGCAGAUGGACGAGAGCUCCUCCCAACACACCCAGCUGAGGGAGGAGUUGAAGGAGGCGCAGGAACAGCUGCAGAGGGCACAGGAGGAGCUGAAUGAGAAGGAGAGACAUCAGGAGGAGCAGCAGAGGGAGAGCAGGAGGCUGCAGCAAGAACAGGAAGGGCUGAAGAGACACAAGGAGGAGCUGGAGGAGGAGCUACAGGAGCUCAGGUCUCUGUCGGUGAAGCUCCACCUGCAGCUCCAUCAGCAGCAGCAGCAGCUGUCCCAGGCAGAGGUGGACAGAUGUCAGCAGAACAUGCGCCUCUGCACGCUGCAGCGGGCCAAAGACACCCUGCAGGGUGAGAUCGAGUGUCUGAGAGGAGAACUACAGCGAGAAACGGCAAGAAGAGAAGACGAGAAGGAAAGGAGGGCAAGAACUCUGGAGGAGAAGGAGGAGUUGAAUGUAGAAAUGGAGCGACUGAGGGAGGAGGUGGAGGCGCUGCGGAGCAGAAGUUCUGAGCAGGAGGCAGAGAAACAGGAGGAGAGGAAAACCUGGCAGGAAGAGAGAGAAGCUCUGAACAAAGAACUGGGGACUAGGGACGGGGCGCUGGAGGCCCUGAGGAGGCGCACUGAAGGUCUGACAGAGGAGGUGGAGGAGAGACAGAGAGAGGUGGAGAGGCUGAGGGAGGAGGUGGCGGAGAGAGGGAGCAAAAUCAGCACCAUGAUGGAGAGAAGGCAGCGAGCAGAGGAGGAGAAGGAGAGACUGGAGGAGCAAAUAAAGCAGACAGAGCUCCGACUGGCAGAGGAGGAGGAGAAGAGGAGAGAGGAGGAGAUGCAGAGGGAUUUAGAAACAGAGGCGCUCUGUGAGCGGAUCGAGAAGUUAGAGGAAAAAAAGAAAGAAAUGGAGCAGGAGAUGAACCAGCUGAGGAUUGAGGAGGAGACAUGGAGAUCUAGAGCUGUGGAGGACAAGGAGGAGGUGAAGAGACUGAGGAAGGAGAUCUCCAGGUUACAAGAAGACAGAGAGAAGGAGAGGAGACAGAGGGAGAGAAAAGAGGAGGAAGAGAAGGAGCUAGAAGAGAGGCUGAAGGAGAAGGCGGGGGAGGUAGAGCUGCUAAGAGUGAGGCUGAAUGUGGCUCAAGAGGAGAAGGAGGAGAUGAAGGAGGAGGUGGAAAAGAGGGAGCGCAGCCUGGAGCGACAGAUGAGUGCUGUUAGGGAGAGAGAGGAGGAGGUGGAAAAGCUGAAGGAGCAUCUGAGGCUGGCAGAGGAGCGAGAGGAGGAAGGAGAGCGGGAGCGGCAGCUAGUGGAGGUCAGACUGAAGCAGAAGGAGGUGCGGGAGGAGAAGCUGGAGGCACUGCUGGCAGAAACUCAGGCGCUCCUGGAGAAGGAGGUACAAGAGGGAGGAGGAAAAGACAGAAAAAUCUCCUCCCAGGACAGGGAGUUGCAGGAGGCUCAGGCUGAGAGAGAAAGAGCAAAGAGGAGGGCCAGAGAGAAGGAGGAGGCCUGUGAGCAGCUCGAGGAGGAGCUAAGGAGGUGGCAGCAAAAGGAAGAGCAUCGUGGGAAGGAGGCGACAGAGCUCCAGAAGAGCAUUAGGCAGAAACAAGAGGAGGUGCUGCAGUUGAGGGCCACACUGGAGGAGAAGGAGGAGGAGCUGAGGGAAGGAGAAAGGCGCAGAAGAAUGGAGGAGGAGAGAAACAGAAUGACUGAGGAGAAAGUGAAGGAGGAGAGGAGGAGGUUAGAGGACAGGCUGGAAGCAAGAAUGAAAGAGCUGAAGGAGGAAAACGAUGAGCUGAGGAGGAGUCAGGAGGAGAAGAGACGACUGGUCAGCAAACUGCAGGAGAUACAGGAGGAGGAAAGAGAGGAGCUGAAGGGAGUGAGGGAGCAAAAUAGGAGGCUGAGGGACCAGCUGAAAGAGACGGAGGAGCAGAGAGAGGAGGAACUGAGACAACUGGAGGAGGAACUGAGGAAAAUGAAGGAGGAGAGAAGGCUGCAACAGGAAACAGAGAAAGAUCUCCACCUCCUGGAGGAGGAAAGAAGGAGGUCCAGGCUGAGGACGUUAGAGAAGGAGAAGGAAGAACUGCAGGUGGAGCUGGUAAGAAAGGAUAGGGAGGUGACACUCCUUAGAGAGGAAGCGCAGAGGGAGAGAGAGGAGCUCAGAGAGGAGGUGAAAAGAAAGGGAAAGGAGAAGGAGGAGGUCAAAGAAAGGAUGCAGGAGGAACUGAGAGCUAGAGAGGAGGAGUGGAGGUCAAAGGAGCUGAUGAGCAAGAAAAAUUUGCAGAAUGACAGGCAACUGGAGGAGGUCCAGCAGGAGCUAAGGAGGAGCGAAAAGGAAGCGACUCUCCUCAGAGAGGAGCUCCACAAGGAGCAAAGAGAAAAGGAUGAGAGGCAGGAGCGGCUGAGGAGGUCUGAGAAAGAGAUGACAGCGCUCAGAGAGGAGUUGGAGAGGGAGCGGAGCAAGGCACAGGAGGAGAAGGGAGAAAGGCAGGAGGUCCAGCAGGAGCUUCUAAGAGUCAGAGAGGAGUUAAUUAUAGCGAGGAGGGAGAAGGAGAAGAAGCAAGAGGAGCUGAAGGAUUUAGAGAAGGAGGUGACUGCUCUGAGGCUGGAGGUACUAAAUGAAAAAGAGGAGAUAAUGAAGACGGAGGAGAUCCGCCAGGAGUUGCUGAGGAGCAAAAAGGAGGCAGCUCUCCUGAGAGAGAAGCUCCACCAGGAGCAAAGAGACAAGGAUGAGAAGCAGGAGCAGCUGAGGAGGUCUGAGAAAGAGUUGACUGCUCUCAAAGAGGAGGUGCAGAGGGAGCGGAGCAAGGCACAGGAGGAGAGAGGAGAAAGGCAGGAGGUCCAGCAGGAGCUUCUAAAAGUCAGAGAGGAGUUAAUUAUAGUGAGGAGGGAGAGGGAGGAGAAGCAAGAGGAGCUGAAGGAUUUAGAGAAGGAGGUGACUGCUCUGAGGCUGGAGGUGCUAAAUGAAAAGGAGGAGUUAAUGAAGACAGAGGAGAUCCAUCAGGAGCUGCUGAGGAGCAAAAAGGAGGCAGGUCUCCUGAGAAAGGAGCUCCACCAGGAGCAAAGAGACAAGGAUGAGAAGCAGGAGCAGCUGAGGAGGUCUGAGAAAGAGGUGGAAGCUCUCAGAGAGGAGGUGCAGAGGGAGUGGAGCAGGGCCAAGGAGGACAGGAGGCAGUUGGAGGAGGUGGAGCUGGAGCUGAGGAAGAACAGAGAGGAGGUACAAAGACAGCAGAAAGAGAAGGAGGAGGCCCAGGAGGCUCUGCAGGAAGAGAAGCUGCAGAGGGAGGAGAUACAGCAGGAGCUGAGGAGCAGCAAGAAAGAGGUCUCUGUACUGAAAGAGGAGAGGGAUAAGGAGCAAAGAGAGCUUGAUGAAAAACUGAGAACCUCUCAGGAGGAGGUGAGGGCUCUCAUGGAGGAGGUGCACAGGGAGCGGAGCAAGGCACAGGAGGAUAUAGGAGAGAGGCUGGAGGUCCAGCAGGAGCUUCUAAGAGUCAGAGAGGAGUUAAUUAUAAUGAGGAGGGAGAAGGAGGAGAAGCAAGAGGAGCUGAAGGAUUUAGAGAAGGAGGUGACUGCUCUGAGGCUGGAGGUGCUAAAUGAAAAAGAGGAGUUAAUGAAGACGGAGGAGAUCCGCCAGGAGCUGCUGAAGAGCAAAAAGGAGGCAGCUCUCCUGAGAGAGGAGCUCCACCAGGAGCAAAGAGACAAGGAUGAGAAGCAGGAGCAGCUGAGGAGAUCUGAGAAAGAGGUGGAAGCUCUCAGAGAGGAGGUGCAGAGGGAGUGGAGCAGGGCCAGGGAGGACAGGAGGCAGCUGGAGGAGGUGGAGCUGGAGCUGAGGAAGAACAGAGAGGAGGUACAAAGACAGCAGAAAGAGAAGGAGGAGGCCCAGGAGGCUCUGCAGGAAGAGAAGCUGCAGAGGGAGGAGAUACAGCAGGAGCUGAGGAGCAGCAAGAAAGAGGUCUCUGAAUUGAAAGAGGAGAGGGAUAAGGAGCAAAGAGAGCUUGAUGAAAAACUGAGAACCUCUCAGGAGGAGGUGAGGGCUCUCAUGGAGGAGGUGCACAGGGAGCGGAGCAAGGCACAGGAGGAUAUAGGAGAGAGGCUGGAGGUCCAGCAGGAGCUUCUAAGAGUCAGAGAGGAGUUAAUUAUAAUGAGGAGGGAGAAGGAGGAGAAGCAAGAGGAGCUGAAGGAUUUAGAGAAGGAGGUGACUGCUCUGAGGCUGGAGGUGCUAAAUGAAAAAGAGGAGUUAAUGAAGACGGAGGAGAUCCGCCAGGAGCUGCUGAAAAGCAAAAAGGAGGCAACUGUCCUGAGAGAGGAGGUGCAGAGGGAAAGGAAGGAGGCACAGAUGGCUAGGAGUCAGAAAGUGGAGGUAGAACAGGAGCUUUCUGAACUGAGAAAGGAGCAAAAGAAAAAGGAGGAGAUGUUUGAAAAAGAGGUAAGGUCUCUCAGAGAGGAGGUGCUCAGAGUGAAGGAGGAGGCUCAUGGGAAGCUGCAGGAGGAACUCAGGUCUAAGGAGGUAAUGAGGAAGAAGGGGCAAGAGGAGUGGAGGAAGUUGGAGGAGGUCCAGCAGGAGUUACUGAGGAGCAAAAAGGAGCUCCAAGAGGAGCUGAUGAAGGAGCAACAAGAGGAGGAAAAGAUCCGCGAUGAACUGAGGAAGAGUAGGGCGGAGGUUAGUGAGCUGGCAGUCAUUGCUGAGGAGGUGAAAAAGGAACAGGAGCAGAUAGAGGAGGGGCUACGAAGGAAAGAGGAGGAGGUAAGGGCUCUAAAAGAGGAGGUGCAUGAGGCUCACAGGGGGAGUGAGAAGGAGGUGUCUCUCCUUCAAGAGAAGGUUCAAAAGGAAAAACAGGAGCUCCUGAAGGAGCUGCAGAAGAGGAGAGAUGAGGUCAAAGACCUUCAGGAGGAGGUGAAGGAGGAGCGCCAGAGGAGGGAGGAGGUGCAAGACGACUUGAGAGGUGUUCAGCAAAACAUGGAGGUGAUGGAGGAGAGCCUGACCUCCCUGAAAAGUCAGGUGUUGGAUCUGAGCCGCAGCCGGGAGCGAGCACGAAAGGAGGUGAAGGAGAAGGAGGAGGAGAGCCAGCAGAUGAGGGAAGGCCUAAGGGUGGCCCUGGAGGAGAUGACUACUCUGAAGGCUCUCCUUCAGGACAGCCACAAUGAGGGGGAGCGUCUGAGGAGAGCGCUGGCACAGAAGAAGGAGGACAUGGAGAAAAUCAGAGAGGAGAACAAGCAGGCGGCUAAGGAGGAGGUGGAGGAGCUGAGGGCCAGAGUCAAAGGUCUGGAGAAGAGAAGGAAGGAGGUGGUGGAGGAGCUGGAGAGGAGGAGGGAGGCUGAGGGGAGGUGGAGGAGUCAAGUGGAAGAGUUGGAGAAAGGGCAGGAGGUUCUGCACAUAGAGAUCCAGACACUAAGGAGUAGACGGGAGGAGGAAGACAGAGAGUGGAGGUCCAAGAUGGAGGAGAAGGAGGAGGAGGCAAGGAGGAGGAUCCAGGAGAGUCAAGAAGAGCUGAGAAUGUUGACAGCAUUGAUGGAGGAGCAGAAAGCUCAGAUGGAUGGACAGAGGAGGAGAAACGUCCAGACAGGAGAGGAUGAGGAGGAGCAAGAGGAAGAGGAGGAGCAGGUUUCCUCUGAGAAGGAGCAGCUGAGGAAGGAGCUUCAAAAGAAAGAGUCUGAGUUCUACAUGCUGACGCAGAGGAACAAGGAGCUGGAGGAGGAGCGGGACCGGUUCCGAUUGGCUCUGGAGCGGACAGAGGCCGCCAUGAUUGGCUACAGGCAGCGAGCACACCAACAGGAGCAAAACCUCAGGACUGGUUCUAACCCGGAGGAGGCUGUGGAGGACAGACUGCUGGUCCUGCAGCGACUGGUGGCUGAACUGGAGCUCGACCAGAUGAGGAUGAAGAAGAAGAAUUCCCACCUGGAACAGCAGAAAGACAAGCUGAAGAGGGACAGAGAUGCACUGAAGGACACACUGAGACAGGUGGAGGAGGAUCGACGGAGGCUCAGGCAGCAGCUCUCACUCGGCUCUGGGUCCCAGGUGUGUUUGGUUGGUCAGGCGUCUGAGAACUCCACCGAGGUCGAGCGGCUGAGGCACCAGGUGACAGAGCUGGAGGACCAGUUGAGUCAGCUGCGUCUCUCAUUGGCUGUGGACCAGAUGCAGAGGGCGGAGUUUAUUGAGCAGUCGUCCAGAAACAGCCAAUGGCUGCUCUCUCUGAGGCACGACCUCAACGAUUCGCUGGCUGCCGUCUCCAGCCAUCCAAUCCCAGCCGUUCUGGAGUCUGAAACGCAGCGAUUGGACCGCAGCCUGAGGGAGGAGGAGCUUAGGAUGUCUCUGAGCCAAUCAUAAGAGGGAAACUUUCAAUGUGAAGCUGCUUCGCUCUGAUUGGACAGGUUCUAUCUACAGGAAGUUAUUUAUUCAAAACUGACCAUUCAGAAGAGACCAAAAAUGUUACAGGAAAUAAACCUUCAGGUACAAAGUUACAGUCAUGAGUAUUUACCUCUGAUCAAUCUUCUUUAAGAACACUUUCUACAAUCUGCAAAUGUAUCUGCAGAGCUGGUAUAGAUGCGUUCUGAUUAGUUGGUAUGUUUUUAUUUUAUGUUUACUGUAUUUAAAGGUUAUUUAUUGUUUAUAAAAGGAUCAAUAAACCAAAGUGUUUAUAAA